UGGGUGUCUUUUUUUCAAGAUGAUGUGCGAGGUGAUGCCAACCAUCAGUGAAGCAGAAGGCCCCCCGGGAGGAAGUGGGAGCCAAGGGUCCAGCUCCCCUUCACAGCCAGAUGCAGAUUCACAUUUUGAACAGUUGAUGGUCUCCAUGCUGGAAGAGAGGGACCGUCUUCUCGACACGCUGAGAGAGACCCAAGAAACGCUGGCAUUAACCCAGGGGAAACUGCACGAGGUUGGUCACGAAAGAGAUUCCUUGCAGAGGCAGCUCAAUACCGCGCUUCCACAGGAGUUCGCAGCACUUACUAAAGAACUAAAUGUAUGCAGGGAGCAGCUUCUUGAAAGAGAAGAGGAAAUCGCGGAGCUGAAAGCAGAAAGGAACAACACCAGGCUGCUGCUGGAGCACCUGGAGUGCCUGGUCUCCCGGCACGAGCGGUCCCUCCGGAUGACGGUGGUCAAGCGGCAGGCGCAGUCCCCCGCCGGCGUGUCCAGCGAGGUGGAGGUGCUCAAGGCGCUGAAAUCACUGUUCGAGCACCACAAGGCCCUGGACGAGAAGGUGAGGGAGCGGCUGCGCGUGGCGCUGGAAAGGUGCAGUUUGUUGGAAGAGGAGCUAGGCACCACACACAAAGAGCUGAUGAUUCUUAAAGAGCAGAAUAACCAGAAAAAGGUACUAACGGAUGGGGUGCUUGACGUAAAUCACGAGCAGGAAAACACGCCGAGCGCCAAUGGAAAGAGAUCCUCCGACGCCUCUCUGAGCCAUGAGGAAGACCUGGCCAAGGUGAUCGAGCUCCAGGAAGUCAUUGACAAGCAGUCGCGGGAGCAGAGCCAGAUGAAGGAGCGCCUGGCAGCCCUGUCUGCCCACGUAACGGAGCUGGAGGAGGACCUGGACACGGCCCGGAAGGACCUCAUCAAGUCCGAGGAAGUGAACACGAAGCUGCAGCGGGACGUCCGCGAAGCCAUGGCCCAGAAGGAGGACAUGGAGGAGAGAAUCACUACCCUUGAGAAACGCUACCUCGCCGCACAGCGCGAAGCCACCUCUGUGCACGACCUCAACGAUAAACUUGAAAAUGAAAUUGCAAAUAAGGAUUCUAUGCAUCGACAGACGGAGGAUAAAAACCGCCAGUUGCAGGAGCGCCUGGAGCUGGCGGAGCAGAAGCUGCAGCAGACGCUGCGGAGGGCGGAGACGCUGCCGGAGGUGGAAGCCGAGCUGGCGCAGAGGGCGGCCGCGCUCUCCAAGUCUGACCUUUUGUCUUCCGGAAGCUCUGCCACUCAGGAGGCUAAACUGUUCGAACUUACCUCCCAGCUUAGGAAGGCGGAGGAGAGGCAUGGCAACAUCGAGGAGAGGCUGCGGCAGAUGGAGGCCCAGCUGGAGGAGAAGAACCAGGAGCUGCAGCGGGCAAGGCAGAGAGAGAAAAUGAAUGAAGAACACAAUAAACGCUUAUCAGAUACCGUGGAUAAGCUUCUGUCUGAAUCAAACGAGAGGCUUCAGCUUCAUCUGAAGGAGAGAAUGGCUGCUCUGGAGGAUAAGAAUUCUCUCCUACGGGAAGUUGAAAAUGCGAAAAAGCAGUUAGAAGAAAUGCAAAACGACAAGGACCAGCUGAUUCUAAACCUGGAAACCCUGAGAGCCGAACUGGAGCAGACGAGGCUGCGAGGGGCUCCCCUCCACCACGGCCGACCACACCUGGGCAGCGUCCCGGACUUCCGGUUCCCUGUGGCCGACGGGCCUGCAGACUCCUUCGGUGGCGCGGCGGUCCUGCGGCGCCCCCAGAAAGGCCGGCUGGCAGCUCUGCGUGAUGAGCCGUCCAAGGUGCAGACGCUGAACGAGCAGGACUGGGAGCGCGCACAGCAGGCCAGCGUGCUGGCCAACGUGGCCCAGGCAUUCGAGAGCGACGUGGACGUGUCUGACGGCGAGGGCGACGGGGCCACGCCCUUCAGCUCUGCCGCCCUGCUGUCCCCCAGUGGGCAGGCCGAUGCCCAGACUCUGGCUAUGAUGCUCCAGGAGCAGCUGGACGCCAUCAACAAAGAGAUCCGGUUGAUCCAAGAGGAGAAGGAGAACACGGAGCAGCGGGCGGAGGAGAUCGAGAGCAGGGUGGGCAGCGGGAGCUUAGACAACCUUGGUCGUUUUAGAUCAAUGAGCUCCAUCCCCCCGUAUCCCGCCUCCUCGCUCGCCGGCUCCUCCCCGCCCAGCAGCGGGCGAUCCACACCCCGGAGGAUGCCGCACAGCCCGGCGCGGGAAGUAGACCGGCUGGGCAUCAUGACUCUGCCUAGUGAUUUAAGGAAACAUCGUAGAAAGCUGCCAGCUUCCCGGGAAGAGGUACGAGAUGACAAGACCACCAUCAAAUGUGAAACCUCGCCCCCCGCCUCGCCGCGGUCCCUGCGGCUGGACCGACUGCACCCAGGGGCGCUGCACGCAGUCAGCCACGAGGACGUCAGGGACGCCCGCAACUCGACCGGCUCUCAGGACGGGCCCGUGAGCAACCCGAGCAGCAGCAACAGCAGCCAGGACUCGCUGCACAAGGCCCCGAAGAAGAAGGGCAUCAAGUCCUCCAUCGGCCGCCUGUUUGGCAAGAAGGAGAAGGGCCGGCCCGGACACCCCGGCAAGGAGGCGCUGGGGCCCGCUGGUGUUUCAGAGACAGAAAACUCAUCUCAGGAUGCCCUCGGGCUCAGCAAAUUGGGAGGACAAGCUGAAAAAAAUCGGAAGCUUCAGAAAAAGCACGAGUUGCUCGAGGAAGCCCGGAGACAAGGCUUGCCUUUCGCACAGUGGGACGGGCCUACUGUUGUGGUCUGGCUGGAGCUCUGGGUCGGGAUGCCGGCCUGGUACGUGGCUGCUUGCCGAGCCAACGUGAAGAGCGGCGCCAUCAUGUCCGCCCUGUCGGACACGGAGAUCCAGCGUGAGAUCGGCAUCAGCAACCCGCUGCACCGGCUGAAGCUGCGGCUGGCCAUCCAGGAGAUCAUGUCCCUGACCAGCCCCUCCGCCCCGCCCACGUCCAGAACGACCACAGGAAAUGUCUGGUUAACGCACGAGGAGAUGGAGACGCUCACGGCCACGCCGCACACGGAGGAUGAGGAGGGAAGCUGGGCUCAGACCCUCGCGUACGGGGACAUGAACCACGAGUGGAUCGGCAACGAGUGGCUGCCCAGCCUGGGGCUCCCACAGUACCGCAGCUAUUUCAUGGAGUGCCUUGUGGACGCGCGGAUGCUGGACCACUUGACCAAGAAAGACCUUCGUGGGCAACUGAAAAUGGUUGAUAGUUUUCACAGAAACAGUUUCCAGUGUGGAAUUAUGUGCCUGCGAAGGUUGAAUUAUGACCGAAAAGAACUGGAGAGGAGAAGAGAAGAGAGCCAGAAUGAACUGAAAGACGUGCUGGUUUGGAGCAACGACCGAGUGAUCCACUGGAUCCUCUCCAUUGGCCUCAAGGAAUACGCGAACAACCUUGUCGAGAGCGGCGUGCACGGGGCGCUGCUGGCCUUGGACGAGACGUUUGACUUCAAUGCGCUGGCCCUCUUGUUACAGAUCCCCACGCAGAACACACAGGCUCGUGCUGUCUUGGAAAGAGAGUUUAACAACCUCUUGGUCAUGGGAACCGACAGAAGGUUUGAUGAAGACGAUGAUAAAAGCUUUAGGAGAGCACCUUCUUGGAGGAAGAAAUUCAGACCAAAGGAUGUCCGUGGCUUAGCUGCCGGGUCCGCAGAGACUCUGCCUGCGAACUUCCGGGUCCCUUCCUCUCUGUCCUCGCCCUCGGUGCAGCCAAAGAAGAUGCAGCUGGACGGCAGCGUGGCGGGAACGCAGAGGCUGGAUUCCGCCACAGUCAGGACUUACUCCUGCUGAGCUCCCGGUUUACCCGCACUACUUCUACAGGUGAUUAUACAGCAUCCAGAAUACGGCAAAGACGGCAUUCUGAACUCGAUGGAAUCUUUAAUCUGUUAAUACUUGUUAUAUGGACCCUAAGAUAUUUUAUUACAGAGUUUUUAAUUAGUGAAAAAUUCAUGAAUACCAUAGAGAAAAUAUUUUAGAAUUUAAUGUUUCUUAUAUUUAUGUAAACUUAUGACUUCAUUUAUAUAGUUACUUACUUUUUCUUGUAUAUCCAGGCUAUAAAUAUCCUUUCAGAUCAAUUCAUGUUCUGAUACCUGAUUUUAGUCUUUCAAAUGAAUGUACUGUAAUGCUUGUAUGUAUAAAUCCUAUGAACAAAUAUAGGGCUUUUGUAAAUGAUGCAUUUAUUGUAAUUAUUCUUGUUUAAUUUUUAAAUGAUAAACCAUGAGAGAAGGGGUUUUACUGCGAUUGUAAAAUCAUCAUGACACAGUGUGCAUUAUCCUUCCAGAAUGUAACCAAGCUCUCCAACAAUCACUCUGAAAUGAGCAAACUUAAUUUCAACCAAUUGUUGUAUUUUAACGACUGACCUAAACUGUACUUUUUCUAGCAGGAAAUGCUUUCUCUCUGCAGAGUGAAGCGAUUUAAAAGUACUGGGUGUUAAAUGUGAGCUUCUAGUGAAAUCUGGGCUGAAAGGAUGACUAGAAGACUAUGAAAAUCUCUCCCGUAACCUGGUCUCCAUGACCCGGAUCCCUCGUCUCGGGUGACUGGCAGAAGCCACGAGCUGGGGAAGAGAGACUUGACGGGGGUGGAGGGGGUGGGGCCUGGGCACCCACAGCCCACUGUGCCCGCCGCCGUCCCUGCCCUCCUCCUGGGAGGCAGGGUCAAGGGCGCCGACUCUUCGAGGACCAAUCACGAUGCCCUGCACCCGCUGAGGAGCCAGAGUGCUGGCUGUGAAGGCGCCACACCCCGACAGACAGCAUGGUGCAGCUCUGACAAAGGCCUUAUUUUUCUUAUGUAAAUCAUCUUUUUACAUCUGUUUGUAAACAUGUUUAAAGAAUGGACCUAGGCGUACAUUUUUAGAUUUUGAUGACAUAGCCAUUUUGGAUUGUAUAAGUGGCAAAUGUAACUUUUACUUUUUCAGCGGCACAUUAAAAAAGCCAGCAACAGAUGCGUUCAGAUCAUGGUGCGUUAUUUAUUAUGCAGCUGAUAUCUCGGUAGACAAGAGACGGCAUGUCUCUUUCUAUGUGGGUCCCGCCUUUAAUUUACUUGUACAAUUCAUUGUUACUGUUCUGUUUUUCUAUUAAUCUUUUGUGAACUUCCUGAAUAUGUAACAAAGUAUGUACAGUCUACUUUUGAACUAUUUUUAUCACAGUAUUAUUUAUUGCUUUCUUUCAAUAAAGUACUGAAGCAAAAUUUCCCACUGCC